GUGCGCGCCGCCGGGAUGGCGCGGGGAUGGGCGCCGGCGCUGCUCUCGGGGGCCGUCUGGUGCUUGUGCUGGGCCUCCUGGGCGGGAGCCUCCGAGGACAUCGUGGUGGGCUGCGGCGGCUUCGUCAAGUCGGACGUGGAGAUCAACUAUUCCCUGAUCGAGAUUAAAUUGUACACAAAGCAUGGGACCCUUAAAUACCAAACUGACUGUGCUCCCAACAAUGGUUACUUCAUGAUUCCUCUGUAUGACAAGGGGGAUUUUGUCCUUAAAAUUGAACCUCCCCUAGGGUGGAGCUUUGAGCCAACCAGUGUGGACAUCCAUGUGGAUGGUGUCAACGAUAUUUGCACUAAAGGAGGCGACAUUAAUUUUGUAUUUACAGGCUUCUCGGUGAAUGGAGAGGUUCUCAGCAAAGGGCAAGACCUGGGCCCUGCUGGUGUCCUGGUGGCCCUGAAGAACGCUGGUUCGGAGGUGACCAUUCAAGCAACAGUGACUCAGCCAGGAGGAAAGUUCACCUUUUUCAGAGUGCUGCCUGGAGAAUAUGAGAUCUUUGCUUCUCAUCCCACCUGGACCCUGAAAGAAGCCAGCACAAAUGUGCGAGUGACCAAUUCCAAUGCCUAUGCGUCUGGCCCUCUCAUUGUAGCUGGUUACAACGUUUCGGGGUCAGUCCGAAGUGAUGGAGAACCCAUGAAAGGUGUCAUGUUCCUUCUUUUCUCUUCUUCAGUACCCAAAGAGGACAUCAUGGGAUGCAAAACCUCCCCAGUGGAUGGCUUCCCCCUGAGGGAGGAUUCUCUCACCUAUCUGUGCAAUGUGAUUUCCAAAGAGGACGGCUCAUUCACCUUUCUGUCUUUGCCCAGCGGGAAAUACACUGUGGUACCGUUUUACAGAGGAGAGAGAAUUACAUUUGAUGUCGCACCAUCCAGGCUGGACUUCACUGUGGAACAUGACAGUUUGAAAAUUGAGCCAGUUUUCCACGUCAUGGGCUUCUCAGUGACAGGCAGAGUUUUAAAUAGCCCUGAAGGUGAAGGAGUUGGCGAUGCAACUGUGACACUGAAUAACCAGAUAAAAGUUGCCACGAAGUCCGAUGGUUCUUUCCGCCUUGAAAACAUCACGACUGGCACCUACACCAUUCAAGCCCAGAAGGAGCAUCUCUUCUUUGAUACCCUCACGGUGAAGAUUGCCCCCAACACUCCCCAGCUGGCUGACAUCAUAGUCACAGAGUUCAGUGUCUGUGGCCAGAUCUCGGUCACACGUUUUCCUGACUCGAUCAAGCAGAUUAAUAAAUACAAGGUGACCAUGUUGCCCCAAGACAAGGACAAAGCCCAGAUGGCUACUACAGAAACUGACAGUCAUGGAGCCUUUUGCUUUAGGGCAAAACCAGGUGCAUACAUUGUUCAGGUCAUCGUUCCCGAAGCAGAGAGCAGAGCUGGUCUUGCCUUGAAGCCCAAAAUGUUUCCAGUGACAGUUGUUGCCAAGCCGGUGCUGGAUUUAAUCUUCUCCCAAUUUCUGGCUGCUGUUUCUGGGGAAAUCACUUGCUUGGAUGCUUGUGGCGAACUCCUCGUGGCUCUGCAGUCUGUGAACCGGCAGGGAGAGAAACGGAGCCUCCAGCUUGCUUCUAAGACCAACUCUGUGAAUUUCAUCUUUGAAAAUGUGCUUCCAGGCAAAUAUAAAAUGAGCAUUGUCCGUGAAGACUGGUGUUGGAAGAAUAAAUCCUUGGAACUUGAGGUGUUGGAAGAAGACGUGUCGGGGAUUGAGUUCCGCCAGACUGGAUACAUGCUACGCUGUUCCCUUUCUCACGCAAUUACCUUGGAGUUUUACCAAGAUGGAAAUGGACCCGAGAAUGUUGGCAUUUACAAUCUGUCCAAAGGCGUGAACAGAUUCUGCCUCUCAAAACCAGGCGUAUACGAAGUAACGCCCCGCUCCUGUCACAGAUUUGAACACGAAUACUACACCUAUGACACGUCUGCGCCGAGUAUCCUGACGCUUACUGCCAUUCGACAUCAUGUCCUUGGAAUGAUAACGACGGACAAAUUGAUGGAUGUGAUGGUGACCAUUAAGUCUUCAAUUGACAGCGAACCAGACUUGGUCCUUGGCCCACUGAAAUCACAGCAAGAACUGCGCAGAGAGCAGCAGUUGGCUGAAAUCAAGACACGCAGGGAGGAGAGAGAAAGGAAGGGCCCAGAAGAAGAAGGGUCGAAGCCACCAGUGCAGGAGAUGGUGGAAGAGCUGCAGGGGCCAUUCCACUACGAGUUUUCCUACUGGGCCCGGUCUGGGGAGAAGAUAACUGUGACACCAUCCUCAAAAGAGCUCCUUUUCUAUCCACCAUUAGUAGAAGCUGUCGUCAGUGGAGAAAGCUGCCCUGGGAAGCUGAUAGACAUCCACGGCAAGGCAGGUUUAUUCCUGGAAGGGCAGAUCCAUCCUGAACUGGAGGGUGUCGAGAUCGUCAUUGGUGAAAAAGGCGCGCUGUCCCCCCUCAUCACAGUUUUCACAGACGACAAAGGCUCUUACAGCGUGGGGCCACUCCACCGGGACCUGGAGUACACUGUCGCUGCCCAAAAAGAAGGAUUUGUUUUGAGUGCUGUGGAGGGAACUGUUGGGGACUUCAAAGCUUUUGCUCUUGCUGGAGUCACAUUUGAGAUCAAAUCUGAGGAGGAUCACCCUCUUGCCGGAGUUCUCCUUUCUCUCAGCGGAGGAGUGUUCCGAUCGAAUCUCCUGACCCAAGACAACGGCAUGCUGACCUUUUCCAACCUGAGCCCUGGGCAGUACUAUUUCAAGCCCAUGAUGAAAGAAUUCCGCUUUGAGCCCUCCUCUCAAAUGAUCGAAGUUCAAGAGGGACAGAAUCUUAAAAUCACCAUUGUUGGUUACAGAACAGCUUACAGCUGUUAUGGUACUGUUUCCUCUUUAAAUGGGGAGCCCGAACAAGGUGUUGCCGUGGAAGCUGUGGGCCAGAGAGACUGCGGCAUGUAUGGAGAAGACACCAUCACGGAUGAAGAGGGCAAGUUUAGGCUUCGAGGGCUGCUGCCGAAUUGCAUGUAUCAUAUCCAGCUGAAAGCAGAAGGCAACGAUCACAUUGAACGAGCUCUUCCACAGCAUCGUGCCAUUGAGGUUGGCAACAACGACAUCGGGGAUGUGAAUAUUAUCGCCUUCCGCCAGAUUAACCAGUUUGACCUCAGUGGAAAUGUGAUCACCUCUUCAGAGCACCUCCCCACCUUAUGGGUGAAGCUUUACAAAAGUGAAAACCUUGAUAACCCCGUCCACACAGUCUCGUUGGGGCAGUCCCUGUUCUUCCACUUCCCACCGCUGCUCCGAGAUGGAGAGAAUUACGUGGUGCUUUUAGACUCAACUCUCUCCAGAUCUCAGUACGACUAUACCCUGCCUCAAGUUUCAUUCACCACCGUUGGAUACAACAAACACAUCACUUUGGUUUUCAAUCCCACUAGAAAGUUGCCGGAGCAAGAUAUUGCACAAGGGUCUUACAUUGCCUUGCCGCUGACGCUGCUGCUUCUGUUGGCCGGAUAUAACCACGAUAAGCUGAUCCCCUUGUUGCUGCAGCUCACGAGCCGUCUCCAGGGUGUGCGCGCCCUUGGGCAGGUGGGCUCCGACGCGGGCAGCCUGGAGGACAUGAAGAGGCAAGCCAAGAAACAGAAGACGAGGCGGACGUGAGCUGGGAGGAGCUGCGGUUGUGUCAGAGCGAGCAAGAGCAGGUCUGGGGCCAGGGACAUGGCAAAGGCGUUCUUUCCCCUCGAGCCUUUGACUCAGGGUAGCUCCAUGGUGGGUGGGAGCAGGAUGUUGCAUUAAUAGAAUUUCAGGUUUUUGUUUGGUUGGGUUUGGUUUUUGCCACUGAGAAACAUCUCCCACCCUGAAAGUGUUGACAGGAUCACUUUUGUUUGAAGAACAUAAAUUAUUCCCCCAACCCCACCCCGUUUUCAGCUUAGCAAGACCAACUCGCUAAUAAAAACUGAUUUGCCUCCCA